AGUUCUACUUGACAAUUUAAAUUGACAAGACUUGCGAAUCAGAAAUAAUCGCCAGUUCUUCCUUCAAUAUUAAAUAACAUAGGUACACGAGAAUACAGUAGCCUAUUAUUAUUGCAGCAGUUACCUAUUUUGUAAUAAGCGACCGCAAAAGUUAUGCAAUUAUGUUUUGAUGAACUCAGCUGAAUCUGAAGUCAUUAGGUGGAAGUUGAUAACACAAGAUUAAUCCACAAAUAUAUUCCUCUGUAUCUAUUGUGUUAUCAUGACUGCUUGAUGAAAUAUUCGAAAUGACAAACUCCAAUUUAAUUUCCAUCUUAGUGUUGCUCUUUUCUUUACAUUACCUAACAGAAAGCUCAAAAUUGUCAGAAGCUGAAUUGAAAAGUUUUUUUGACAAUGAUUACGACCAAAACGAGACAUACUGGUGUACUAAAUUACAAGAAGCCAAUUGGGAAUUUGAGUCCGAUUUGGAAAAUAGCGAAGCUGAAGAGAACUUGGUGAAUGUGAUACUUCAAGCUGCGGAAUAUAACAAGCAAUUAUGGAAGAUGUACUUCAAGGACGUAACACCCGACGACUAUCAAGAUCCAGACCUAAAAAGAAAAGUGAUGUUAGCUAGAAUGUUGGGUAAAUCAGUGUUGGAAAAUGAUAAGCUGGCAGAGUUAACGAACAUAACAAAUACUAUGGUAGAAAUAUACAGUACAGGUAAAAUAUGCCCAUACAGAAAAAAAAACUGCGAUAUUUCAACGGAAGGUUAUAACUUAGAUCCAGACUUGAAUUCGUUAUUUGCAUCUUCGAGGGACUACAAUGAACUGUCCUAUUCUUGGAAAGCUUGGAGAGAUCAGACUGGUGGGAAGAUGCGUUCGCUCUUUGAAAGAUACGUGAAUUUAUCUAAUGAAGCAUCGGUACUCAACGGAUACCAGGACAAUAGUGAAGAAUGGUUGGUACUUUUCGAGUCGCUAGAUUUCAUCAAACAGAUUGACGACUUGUGGCUCCAAGUUGAACCACUUUACACCGAGUUGCACAAAUUCGUCUCGAGCAAGUUGAAGGCGCGAUAUGGUGAUGACUUGGAUAUUUCCGAUGGUCUGCUACCCGCCCAUAUUUUGGGAAAUAUGUGGGCUCAAGAAUGGACCAAUAUAAACGAACACGUAAAACCGUUUCCUGCCACAAAGGGACAGAACAUAACUGAUGCCCUAAGAAAGAAAGGGUACAACGUGAAGAAGAUGUUCGAGACUUCCGAUGAUUUUUACAAGUCUCUCGGGCUUCUGCCCAACGACAUGAGCUAUAAUACAGCUCAAGGUGCCAUAAUUGAGAAGCCCAAGGAUGGAAGGGAGAUGGUAUGCCAUGCGAGUGCUUGGGAUUUUUGCGAUAGGAAGAAUUUUAGAAUCAAGAUGUGCACCAACGUCAACGCUGAAGAUUUCAUUACUAUUCAUCACGAAAUGGGCCACAUCCAAUAUUUCCUCUUGUACAAGGACCAACCAGUCAUAUACCGCGAAGGAGCCAAUCCUGGCUUUCACGAAGCGAUAGGUGAUACCAUAGCACUCUCAGUCGACACUCCAAAGCAUCUUCACAAAAUCGGACUUCUUGAUGAAUACGUAGAUGACUAUCAAACGUCGAUAAACACACUAAUGUCCAUAGCCCUCUCUAAGGUAGCAUUCCUGCCUUACGGCUUGUUGCUGGAUAAGUGGCGUUGGGACGUUUUCAAAGGCAAAAUAACCAUGAAUAACUGGAAUACACACUAUUGGGAAUAUCGUAAGCAGUAUCAAAAAUUGAAACCACCAGUUGAAAGGUCCGAGAAUGACUUCGAUCCUGGUGCCAAGUUUCACGUAGCUGGAGAUGUUCAGUAUAUUUCGUAUUUUGUUGCCCAUAUAGCUCAGUUCCAAUUCUUCAAAAGUUUAUGUAUAGCAGCUGGUGAAUAUGAUCCACAGACCAAAUACCAACCCUUACACAAAUGUGACUUUUACCAAUCGAAGGCUGCUGGUGAAAAACUAAGAGCUGGUUUAUCUCUAGGUACUAGCAAACAUUGGAGUGUUGCAAUGAAAGCUAUUACUGGUCAGGAAAAAAUGGACGCUGGACCACUUCUCGAGUAUUUUGAACCUUUAUAUCAAUUUCUAAAAAGCUUUAAUCAAGUGUAUAACUCUACAAUUUAAUUUUAUUUAUUUUGUUUAUUGUUCUAAUAUUUUCAACUUUUAUAAUAAACUCUUCUAUAUCA